UUUUUUUAAAUUAAAUGUUUAGUGGUGUUCUAUAAAUUUGUAUAAAUGAUAAGUUAUUAUAUGACACAUUGAGUAGAAAUUUGGACUCAAUUAUAUAUAUAUUUUUUAUUUUUAACAAUUACAUGAUCUUUACAUUAAUCCAUAUAAUUAGUUGCAAAAAGUCUAAUUAAAAAAGGAUUAAUUAUCCUUUUAGAUAGUGACUUAGACAAAAGUGGCCUUUGAAAACAUUUUAUUUCAUUCUCUCCUCAUUAAAUCAACCCCAUCCUAUUUGGAAAAUGUUUCUAACCUCUGCAUCACAUUGUUCUUAAAAGUGAUAGUUCACACAAGCAAAGAUUUUUAGUCUGUAUAAUGCAAGGGGGCAGGACCACUACAGAAAAUCAAGUUUGAAAUAUUAGUAUUUGUAAUUUUCUUACAUAUGCCUAUUGUUUAAUUUAAGAAGACAUUGAUUCAUUAACAGGGAGUGUAUGACUUACUGUCAUAUUCAGUGUGUAAUUUUUUAAGUGUCAUUGUUUGGAUUUUGGAGACAAUUAUAGUUGCAUAUAUUUAUAAGUCACAAGGUUGAUAAAUGUUGUGUGCCAUAUAAUUUUUAUGAAACUUUAAUUUUCUUCACUACAUUGCAAAGCAUAGAGUUUUCUCUCAUCUUUGUUUUAAAGUUAAGAAAUCGAGAAAACUGCAUUCCUACUGAAACAUUCUGUGGUAAUUUUGCAAUAAAAGGGAUUUAUUUCAAGUCAGAUCCAAAAACCUCACAGCCACCUGGGGUCAAAUAACUACAAUGAACUAAUUUAAUUAUGGCUAUAUUAAAAGAAUAUCUUCUCCUAUACCAAUUUUGUGACUGAAUCUAUUGAGACGAUUCUUUUCAGUCAGCUGGUUCACAAAUAGGCUACUACAAUGGUUCCCAACCACGUUCCUGAAGGCUCCCCAACACUGCAUGUUUUCCAUGUCUCCUUAACCAAACUCACCUGAUUCAGCCCAUUAGUAGAGACUCCAAAGAUCUGAAAUAGCCGUGUCAGACAAAGGAGAGAAGCAAAACGUGCAGUGCUGGGGGCCUCCAGGAACGCGGCUGGGAACCACUGGGCUACCACAAAUUAUUAAUUUGUGAAUACGACUGAUCCAGAAGAUUAAACUUGCAGCAGGCAAAAUCUCAUGUCAUGGUUAAAUAAAACAGACACAGAGAGUCAAGUUAACCAUACAACUGAAUUUGUCUGGUUCUCUGAGCCAUCCGAGUAAUAUGAUAUUCAUAAUAAUAAUCAGACUGAGCUCUAAUCUGUUGAAGCUCAAAUUUGAGUGGAAGCAGACACCUCUUUUUAACUGGAGAUUACUGGUGAAAGUGCACAGUUUUAUCAGAUGAUGUGAUUCCUUUACAAAUCCAUGCACUACUGUUUUACACCAACUCCGAGCAUUUUCUAUCAUGUAUGCCUAUGAAGGCGACCGAGCCAAUCAGAGCAAAUACGGGGCGGAGCGACACGUGCAGCUCUGAUCUGCACGCUGUGUAGCUACUUGAAGAAGAAGAAAAACAGCUUGCAAAUCGAAGGCCAUUAUCGUGGGUUCGAUGCAGUGAGAGCAAGAACUGAUGAUUGUAAUAAUAAUAACAAUACCUAGGCCUACCUUGAAUGUUUGUGUCUGGCAGGUGGCUCAGUCUCUGACAGCUUUAAAGAAUGCAGUCAGUUCUUCUACAUGCACACAGCACCCACAGGUAUCCGAGGGGGCAAUCUAAAGAGGAUAUGCCAGCGAUACGAAGAUAAAGUACGUUACGCCACACUGUAUGACAGCGGUCAUCGUUUGGCUCUUUAUUCCGCUUACACCUUCAAAAAGUCAGAUGGACAGAGGAGGAUGGACACACCCUGGAUGUAUGAACCGCAGCUGGUUUCUGCUGAUGAAAGUGGAAACAUGAGAGAGUUGCCCUCUAGUGAUGAAACGGACCAACUGCUUGAGGAGAGCCAGGCUGUGCUCACCGACUAUGUUGAUGCAGUGGAGUACGAACGUGGCCCACUUAACCCUGACCAGCACCAGGCAGACAACCAGGACAAAGCAGCUACCUAUACUCUCACAAAUGUGGUACCUCAGAUCACAGACUUAUUAGAGGGUCCAUGGGCCAUUUAUAUUGAUAGGGUGCGCCGCCGCCUGAAUAACUUCUGCCACGGUGCUGCCUAUGUGGUGACGGGGGUGACUGUAUCAGGGGUGACCAUACGAAGAGGAAGAGAGGACCGCAUGACCGUCCCAAAACACUUGUGGUCCGCAUAUUGCUGUCCACGGUUCGAUCGAAACUCACCCUAUGAUGUGCGAUACAUGUUUCCCACUUAUGCAGCGUAUGCUUUGAAUGAGAUAGUGGGACACAGUGUUACAGAAGUGCCUUUGAAUGCUUUAGAGACCUUUCUAAAAAGUCAGACUGGCAUGGAAAAAAGCGUGAGCAUCUUUUUCAAAGACUGUCUUACAGAAAAUACACAUACCAAUAGGAAGUGAAUGAAAGACUGAAUACAGUAAAGCCUGCACUAGAAAAGAGAAUAAAAUCACCUAUCAGACACUGUUGUACUCUUUAUAGAUGAUUUCCAUAUUAUCAUGACUUUACAUAGCUUGUAUUACUGCAUGAACUGAUGAAAUUGUGAACACAGUUCACUGGUGGCUAAUCAUAUAAUUAAGAGACUGCUGGAAGGUGUGUCCUAAGAGUUUUUAUGUUGUUUUUUACUGAACAACAGUACUAUAGGUGCAACACAGAGAGAGAAGUCAAUUAACAGUCCAUAUUGCAUUAACAAUUGUUUCUUCUCACAUUUGUGAAGAAAACAUUUGUCUGAAAGUAUAAUUUACUUACAUUUAAAUUCACUGUCAUUUUCUAAUACAACCUAGUCAGGCUUGAUGUCAAAUAAGAAAAUGAUAUUCACCUUUAAGAAGCCAAUGAACAUUAGGCCACCGGGGAGCAAAUUUACCUUGCUGCUUUGCAUGUAGAUGAAGAUAAUGGCACGCUGAAGUUCGUCUUAUCACUUUUGAAGUUUGUAUUAUUGUAAAUGAGACUAUCUCAACAUGGUUUUGCAUGUCCUUUAUACUCUACAGAAUUCAAUGGCUCUCAUUUUAUUCUCCACCUACCAGGGAAGAGUCAGUCAAUGUUAAAUGAGAAAAAGACAGUCAACUGGAGACCGUGAAUAAACCAGCCACAGAAAAAAGAGCAAAGUUUUUUUUCAGAUUUUUUUUCUUGUGAUACCUUUGGUCCAAAGAACAUUUUACCAAGAAGAAAGACUUUAAGAAACUCUUUAAGACAACAUG